UUGUACAAGCCAGCGACGAACUUGUAAGCUAUUUCCUAUUCACAACACGCCAAUACGUAUCACGUCUACCUAUGUGGUCCUGACUGAGAUGAUAGCAAACACCCUAAAGAACUGUACAUAUUCUCUUCAUCCUACUAUGGAUUCUAGAACGACCUCCAUAAGGCUAGACUACGUAUUUUCAUAUCUUCUUAUGUCGGCAGAGCAGCACAUUGAGUCCAUCGAUAAUCCGAAAUAUUCCCUUGGCUAUCCUCAUGGUAUCCGAGAGCAUCAAGUCACGCAGGCGUUCCCUGUCCAAAUAUGCUCGACUGGGUGGUGAUUAUGCUCAUACCCUACGAUCCCAUAUAAGAGCAACUAAAAGACCCCCGAUGCCCGGUGAAGAGCUGACUAAUAAACAAGACGAAACCGCAGCAAAUAACGCAGCUAGCCCUUCUUCCGAAAAGCAGGAACAGGAGGAACAAGAGCAGCAGGAGGGGACCAAAGAAUCGAGAGUAUCUUGGAACACUGGGGAACCGGAAAAGAAGCAAAAUAGGUGGCGUCAAGUGAAAAGCAGGCUGCCGGACAUUGUUAAUACUUUUAAGGAGUUGAACACCGGGAUCGGCAAUGAUGAAAAGCAAGAGCGCAGAACGUCACAGAAGACAAUAGACAACGACCUUAGCCGUCACUCAAGUCUCUCCGAAAAGGGUAGGGAGGUAGCAAGGUUCUUGGUUUCUCCUACAGUCACCAGUGUCAAACAAAAGUUUAGACCGAAGCAGAAAGAUCCUCUCCACCAAUGGUUUGUGGACCAUUCUGGGGGUACCCUGAAGGAAAAAUAGGCGAUGGGCCGCCAGGCCGCCUUCGAUACGUGUGGGGGUCAGCAUGUUUGGCGUUUAGGUACUUCUCGGGUGGCGUUAAAAGGUUACCCAUUCCUGAGCAUGGGGGGUAGUUAUAUAUUACAGGCAGCCAUACGUACCUGAUAAAUUUCUGUUAGCAAUACAUAGCGGA